CCCGCCCGCCGGGACCGGGCUCCCGCUGCGCGCCGUGUGACAGGCAAUCUAGGCGCCGGUGGUCCCCGGGGUGGCGAUGGCCGUCACCCUGCAGCGCAUCGAGCAGCUGUCCAGUCGGGUGGUGCGCGUGUUGGGCUGUAACCCGGGUCCCAUGACCCUGCAGGGCACCAACACGUACCUGGUGGGGACCGGCAGCAGGAGAAUCCUCAUUGACACUGGGGAGCCAUCAGUUCCAGAAUAUAUCAGCUGUCUAAAGCAAGCGUUGGUUGAAUUCGGCACAGCAAUCCAGGAAAUCCUGGUGACUCAUUGGCAUCACGACCAUUCCGGGGGGAUAAUGGAUAUUUGUCAAAACAUCAGCAAUGACACUGCCUACUGCAUUAAGAAACUUCGACGGAAUCCUCAGAGAGAAGAAACCAUAGGAAAUGGACAACAGCGGUAUGUUUACAUAGAAAAUGGAGAACUGAUUAAGACCGAGGGAGCCACUCUCAGAGUUUUAUACACUCCCGGCCACACUGAUGAUCACAUGGCUUUAAUCCUGGAAGAGGAAAAUGCCAUCUUUUCUGGGGAUUGCAUCCUAGGAGAAGGGACAACAGUAUUUGAAGACCUCUAUGAUUAUAUGAACUCCCUAAAAGACUUACUCAAAAUCAAAGCUGACAUUAUAUAUCCAGGACAUGGCCCAGUAAUCUAUAAUGCUGAAGCUAAAAUCCUAGAAUACAUUUCUCACAGAAAUAGCCGAGAAGAGCAAAUUAUUACAGUAUUCCGUGAUAACUUCGAGAAAGCAUUUACACUGACUGAACUUGUGAAGAUUAUUUACAAGAAUGUUCCAGAGAAUUUACAUAAGGUGGCGGAGCGUAACCUCUUGCUUCAUUUGAAAAAACUAGAGAAAGAUGGAAAAAUAUUUUACGUCACAAAUCCUGACAAGAAGUGGAAAGCUGUCCUUUAGCUGUGGAUCAAUGAAGCUCUCUUGUUUUGCUUUUAGAGGAUGAUAUGUUUUCUUAGGUAUAGAUUAUUUAUAGAGAAUAUCGAAUGGAGGAUUUUGGAAAUAACCCUGGACCUUUGUAAAAUAUGUAAAUUACAUUGUAUAUCCGUAGAACAAAUUACUGAUCUAACCCUGAUCUUGGGAACAUUUUUACCAAAACUUCAGAAUCUAACACUUGGUCAGUUUCCUGUAGAUUAAGUAAAAUGGUCACUUCAGAAUAAUACAUUUUGCGUAGUUCAAACCAGUUAGUCCUUUCAGGUUUGGAUAUGCGCUAGCAUUUGCCAGUGACGCUGUUUUCAGUCAACAGCGCAGGUGUCUGCGUACUCCUUUCUUCAACUUGUCUAAGCUCUUACACACCAAGUUUAUUUCAAGCUUCUACCAGUUAUAUCAUUUAGGUAUUUGUUCUACAGCUCGAUGUUAUGUUCAUUUUCUUACAGUGGUAUCCCAAAAAUUAUUCAUAAGAUGAUCAUUGAGAAAUAUUAAAUAUACCAACUUGAAAUAUUA